GGCGCACUAUUCACGGCAUGUGCAGAGACUGGAUAACGUGCCACCCUCAAAUACACGCGCUCCCGCCCUCACCAGUGAGCAGUUAUGGCUGAACCCAAGAACAUCCCAAGUGAGCCCAUGCCACUUGACCUGGAAAACAGAGAUCCCAACAGCAUGAACGAACAUGUGAAGGUCCUGUACGAAGAUGCUUUUGCUGAACCCGAAGGCUCCCACACCAUCCCAGGAGCCUGGGUCAUGUCAUACAAGACAUUCCGUGGGGUGAAGAAUUGCUGCUAUGUGGUGCUCUCAGUUCUGUGUGGCUGCCCAUUGGCCUUUUGCUGGGCCCUGGACUUCGCCUGCAUUCAGUUCUGCCACAUCUGGGCCAUCACACCCUGCUUGCGCAUGUGUAAGAUGAACCUGGCCUGUAUAAAGUUGUUCUGGGGCUACUGCGUGCACUGCAUCUGUGACCCAUGCUGGGAGUCUUGUUCCCUGUUUUUCUCGUCAAUCCGAGUGCAGAACAAGAACUGAUAAAGAAGUGAGGGCUUCCAGUCUCAUGAUGUUGCCCCCCCCACCCCACCACCAGUGACACAGCCAGUCCAGUCAGGAAAGGCUGAAUGACGAUGCCCAUAAGGCAGCGGUGGUGGUGGAGGCAUGUGAAACCUCUGAAACUGGGACCACUCACUAAAGUACCUCCUCACUCGGGUCAUUCUUGGAAGAGAAACCCCAAGAUUGCCUUCACUCCUCAGCCCUUGUGUGUCUGCAUCAGUCCGCCCGUACCAUGUUGUUGUACAUUACCGUCAUCUGUCUGCACUGCUUUGCUCAUUGAUGUAUUUGGCUAAUUGCCUUAAUGUAUGACCUUUGGAAUUAUCUUUUUUUUUCUAUCUAAAUGUAAUGAAGCACAUGGAUUUUUCUUUGUGUGGAAUUAAAGAUGUUCAAUUAAACUUAUAACAUAA